GUCAAAAUUCACUGGUCUCCAGCUGCCUCUUCUUCUUAUACCAAGCUCCACCACUACUUCCACUUUCUAGGCUCUGCGUUCUCUCUGCCCCCCGCUCUUUCUUUCUCUGGAUCUCCUCUGCAACAAUCUCCAGAGAAAAUGUCGAAUUUCUGUCGCCAGAUCAAGCUAUCUUCGUCUCUGAUAAGGCGCCUCAAGCACAGAUCAUCCAAUUCGAUGCUCUCCGGUCGAAGAUCUUUCACUACAACCGAAGGCCAUCGCCCAAGCCUUGUUCACAAGCGGAGUCUUGAUAUUCUUCACGAUCCUUGGUUCAACAAGGGAACGGCAUUCUCCAUGACCGAACGAGAUCGUCUUGAUCUUCGUGGACUUCUCCCGCCAACAGUUAUGUCCCCUGAAAUGCAAAUUGAACGCUUCAUGGUUGACCUGAAGAGACUUGAAGUGAAUGCAAGAGAUGGACCCUCUGAUCCAUAUGCUUUGGCUAAGUGGCGGAUACUUAACCGGUUACAUGACAGAAAUGAGACAAUGUACUAUAAGGUUUUAAUUAACAACAUUGAGGAAUAUGCACCUAUAGUUUAUACUCCAACUGUUGGGCUUGUUUGCCAAAACUAUAGUGGUUUAUUCAGAAGACCAAGGGGAAUGUAUUUUAGUGCUGCAGAUCGAGGGGAAAUGAUGUCAAUGGUUUAUAAUUGGCCAGCUGAGCAGGUUGAUAUGAUUGUUGUGACUGAUGGAAGCAGAAUAUUGGGUCUUGGAGAUCUUGGAGUUCAGGGCAUUGGGAUUGCAAUUGGGAAGCUGGAUUUAUAUGUUGCCGCUGCUGGAAUAAAUCCUCAAAGAGUGCUUCCUGUCAUGAUUGACGUUGGAACAAACAAUGAGAAGCUUCUCAAGGACCCCUUGUAUUUGGGAUUGCAAGAACAUCGUCUUGAUGGUGAUGAGUACCUUGCUGUUAUUGAUGAAUUCAUGGAGGCUGUGUUUACACGUUGGCCACAUGUGAUUGUACAGUUUGAAGAUUUCCAAAGCAAGUGGGCCUUUAAGUUAUUGCAGCGUUAUAGAAGUACCUACAGAAUGUUUAACGAUGAUGUACAGGGAACUGCAGGAGUUGCAAUUGCUGGUCUUUUAGGAGCUGUAAGAGCACAAGGAAAACCAAUGAUUGACUUUCCAAAGCAAAAGAUUGUUGUUGCUGGUGCUGGAAGUGCAGGAAUAGGGGUUGUCAAUGCAGCAAGGAAAACAAUGGCAAGGAUGUUGGGAAAUAAUGAAUCUGCUUUUGAUAGUGCAGGGAGUCAAUUCUGGGUAGUCGAUGCCGAAGGCCUCAUCACAGAGGCACGUGACAAUAUUGAUCCUGAUGCUCUGCCAUUUGCAAGGAAGGUCAAGGAAAUUGAUCGCCAAGGAUUAAGGGAAGGAGCAAGUCUUGCGGAAGUGGUGAAACAAGUAAAGCCUGAUGUACUUCUCGGAUUAUCUGCAGUUGGGGGCUUGUUCUCUAAAGAGGUGUUAGAGGCCCUCAAGGGUUCAACUUCGACUAGACCAGCAAUCUUUGCAAUGUCAAACCCUACAAAAAAUGCUGAAUGCACCCCUGAAGAAGCUUUCUCCAUCGUGGGUGAUAAUGUUAUAUUUGCAAGUGGAAGCCCAUUCAAGGAUGUGGAUCUUGGAAAUGGUCAUAUUGGUCAUUGCAACCAGGGAAACAAUAUGUACCUCUUUCCAGGGAUUGGACUUGGUACCCUUCUAUCAGGUUCCAGGAUUAUCUCAGAUGGCAUGCUACAGGCUGCAGCAGAGUGUCUAGCCGCAUACAUGACAGAAGAAGAGGUUCUCAAAGGGAUGAUAUAUCCUUCAAUAUCUAGCAUACGUGAUAUAACAAAGGAGGUAGCUGCAGCUGUUGUGAGAGAAGCCAUAGAAGAAGAUCUAGCAGAAGGAUACCGUGAAAUCGAUGGCCGAGAGCUCUGUAAACUUAACCAGGAGGAACUUGCAACUUUUGUGGAGGGCAACAUGUGGGAUCCAGACUACCCAACACUGGUUUACAAGCAGGAUUGAUCAUUCUGCAUUGAGGUCGGUCCGUCUACCGAAUCAUACUUGGUAAUUGAAUACCCAAGGGGCCAGAGCUGCUCAACAUGAAUAUACACUAACACGAUCAUGAAAUCGUUGUCUGUAAUGAUCCUAGUGCUAAAUCAUCUGUCACUGCUCAUUAGAAACUUCAAUCUGUGCUCCGUUAAUGGUGAGUUUGUUCUAUGCUGCUUGUAUUACUUACCUGACGGGGUUUCUGAAGUGAUUCUUCGAAAUAAACCAACCAAAUUUUCUCAAAAUUUUCGGAACUUGAGUAUGUACAUUUCUGUUUAAACAUCAAUCCAAUCAAACCUUCUUUGUCCUGAUCA